CUUGUGGGUUCAUUUCAUUGAUAGCAUUCCCUUUCUGUACCAGCUAGUAUAUAUAGGCAGAAAGACACAUGAAUGAGGCAUAUUUGAGAUAAUAGUAUAUGAGAGAAAAAGCAUAGGUUUGGCCAUUCAAAGUGGCAGAGUGCAAAUAAUAGGACUUAAGGGUCUGUGAAAAGAGAUUAUUAUGGGGAAAGGAAGAGCACCAUGCUGUGAUAAGACACAAGUUAAGAGAGGCCCUUGGAGCCCUGCAGAAGACCUUAAGCUCAUAGCUUUCAUCCAAAAAUUUGGUCAUGAAAAUUGGCGUGCUCUCCCUAAACAAGCAGGGCUUCUGCGAUGUGGGAAAAGUUGUCGUUUGAGAUGGAUCAAUUAUCUCAGGCCUGAUGUAAAGAGAGGCAAUUUCACACCAGAGGAAGAGGAAACCAUAAUAAGGCUGCAUAAGGCCUUGGGAAACAAGUGGUCAAAGAUUGCAUCCCGUUUGCCUGGUAGGACUGACAAUGAGAUCAAGAAUGUGUGGAACACACACUUAAAGAAAAGAUUGGUUGCCAAAAAGAGUUCAGAGUCGAGUGGAGAUGAAUCAAAGACAGAAUCAUCAAUAACUUCCUCCUCUUCCUCUUCUUCAUCUGAAUCAUUUUUCUCAAAUGAGAGACCAAAUCAAGCAAAGACUCCAACAUCUGGUAAUGUAUUUAAUGACCAAGCAUCACAAGAGACAAUGACAGAUAAAAUUGAGCAUGAUUCAGAAAAACAAGUAUCCAAUGAAGUUAUUGACAUUAUCACUACUGAGGAUCCAAAAGAGUCAUCAGUUUCAUUAUCUUCUGUUGAGUCAAAUAUUUUAAACUCAAGCCAGAUUGUUGCAUACAACAAGCCAGAACCACAGUUGGCUUCUCCAUUAUUAACCUAUGUAGGACCUUAUGAUGUUGAUAGUACAUUAGAAGAGGUGGAUAAACCAAACCAUUUGAUUGAAAUACCAUGGGAAUCAGACUAUGAUUUUUGGAAGUUGUUAGAUGAAAACCUUGGAUCUUUUCAAUCAAAUGAAGUGCAAUUAGGGGAGUUCCAGGCAAGCCAAAACAUGAUUCUUGAAGAAGUGAGUGUUCAUGAUGAUGAAGCCAAGAAGUGGUCCCAAGACCUUGAGAAUGAGUUUGGAGUAGUAGGUGAAAUAAAGGAGUCAAACAAGGAUCCUUUCCCACCAAAGAAUUAUGCAGUUGAGCCAGAAAUGGACCACCCUCAGACAUUUGAUUUUGAUGAUAUGACAAGACCAGAAUCUGAAUUAGACUUUGGUUAUAUUCAAUUGUGGCCCUCUUGGCCUCAAAAUACUACUCUUUAAGCUUAAUACAAACCAGUAGU